AUGGGGGAUUUUCAUGGGUUAAGAGUCGCAAGAGGGGCACCUGCGCUCUCGCACUUGUUCUUUGCGGAUGACAGCCUCCUUUUCUUUAAGGCUAAUGUUCAGGAAGCAGGGGUCAUCAGAAGGUGUUUAACAUCAUAUGUGGAAAUUUCUGGUCAAACUAUUAACUAUCAUAAGUCUAAUAUUUGCUUUAGCAUAAAUACUCAGCUUGCAGAUAGAAAUGCAGUGACAGCUGUUUUUGAAGUGCAGCAGGCAGCCAAUUUCGGCAAGUAUCUGGGCUUGCCGGCCUUUGUGGGAAGAAAUAAACAAGCUGUGUUUGUGUACAUUGGUGAUAAGGCCAUGCCGACAUUUACUAUGAGUGUAUUCUUAUUACCUGCCUCAUUAUGUAAAAACCUGGAACGUUUUAUGAAUAGAUUUUGGUGGCGUAACAGGAGGGAUGGUGGGGGAAUUCAUUGGAUGGCAUGGGAUAAAUUGAGUAAGCCAAAGAAGUUUGGUGGGUUGGGUUUCAAGGAUUUAAGGGCAUUUAAUUUGGCCAUGCUAGGCAAGCAGGGGUGGAGAUUCCUUACUAAUCCUCAGUCUCUGGUUGCCAGAGUUUAUAAGGCCAGACGCAGGAUAGAGAAUGGAGAUGCUGCUCUGGUUUGGGGGGAUCCGUGGUUGAUGGGUGAGUCCACCCCUAAAAUAUUAUCUGAUAAGCCUGAGCAUUUGGGAGAAGUGAAAGUUUCGGGGUUAAUAGACCCGGUAACCUCGACAUGGGAUAUGCCUUUAUUUACUGAGCUAUUUCUGCCAGAUGAUAUUACCCGGAUUAUUAAAAUCCCUAUAAGUCCGGCCUAUGAAGAUCUGUGGUAUUGGCAUGGGGAUCCAAAGGGGGUAUACACUGUGAAGGGUGCUUACCGAGAUGGUUUUAGUGUGUGGCUUGAAGCCUUGUUCCAGAAAGUUGAUGACAAUCACUUCUCUUCUAUGCUGGCCAUCAUGUACCACAUAUGGAGGCAACACAAUACGCUGUAUGGGAGUUCAAGUUGGGGAUCCCUCGUCGCGUGCAUGCAAACGCCACAGCAGCCAUUGAUGAAUGGCGUGCGACGUGUGUCCUACCAGCCCGGCAACAUGAUGGGAGGCAGUGGCUGGACAUGCACGUCAAGCUGCAGCUGGGACCGCGGCAUGGACCGACGAGGAUUGCUUGCGGUGUUCCUUUGA